GGGAGAGGAGAGAGGCACACGUUUUCAUCCAAACCUCCGUUUUUCCACAGCCUAUCGCUUUGUGGCUCAGCUCAGUUCCCUAUUGUUUAAUCUCUUAGAACAGACAGGGGAAAAAACCCGCUCCGCUUGUUUAUAAACGGAUGCAGUGAGACAUUUUUUUUUUAAAAUCUGAUGCUCGGUGUUCUUGGCUCUGAAUGCUGCAUCCUUUGUCAACUUCUCCGAUUUCUCCACUUCGACUUGAGCUGCAUCAUGAAUAGUUUGGGAACAUCUUUCAAUCGUAUACCUCUGGAAUGCUCGGGAUUACACGGCCGAAACCAGGAGAGCAUGUAAACGCAGAUGGAGUUUGGGAUUUAUUGCAAAAUAAGGGAAAGAUGACCGUCUUCUCGUUGUGCUUGCUCCUGUGCGCAGAUCUGCUGGAUUUAGCCGUCGGAUAUUUGACAGUUACCAUAGAGCCACUGCCUCCUGUUGUUGUCGGUGAGACUGUAACCCUCAAAUGUAACUUCAAAACCGAUGGAAGGCUGAGAGAGAUUGUUUGGUACAGGGUCACAGAUGGAGGUACAAUCAAGCAGAAAAUUUUCACCUAUGAUGCCAUGUUUAAUACAAAUUACUCUCAUAUGGAGGACAACCGCAGGCGUGAAGAUCUUGUGUAUCAAUCAACCGUCCGGCUCCCAGAGGUACGGAUCUCAGACAAUGGGCCUUAUGAAUGCCAUGUGGGCAUAUAUGACCGGGCAACGAGGGAGAAGGUUGUCCUGGCUUCAGGAGAUGUUUUUCUUACAGUUAUGUCUCCUCCAAACAACAUAUCAGUGCUGGCUGAGAACACUCCAGCCCCCUUCAGUCGAUACCAAGCUCAGAAUUUUACUCUUGUCUGCACAGCAAAAGGAGGAAAACCAGCCCCAUCGGUGUACUUUAAGCGUGAUGGUGAGCUGAUAGAGGUGAUUUCCUACACUGAGCCCUCCACCAGCGAGCGAGCAGCCGGCUCAGCAGGAUGGAGAGGAGCCAGGCCACUCAUCAGCAGGGACCUUGAUGAGACCAAACUGCAGCGUUCCCUCUCCCUUCUCGAUCCGGAAGGCCGGUCGGCCCGUCUGUACACAGAGAGCCCUCAGCGCGUCCACACUCAGGGCCAGCAGGCCUAUGAACCCAGCCCUGCAACAGAGGUCAUUCCAGAGACAGUGGUGAGCCGAGAGUUCCCCCGCUGGGUGCACAGCACGGACCCUCUGUACUACUUUAGUCACACUCAGAUCCCUCAGAGCGACGGCUCUGUUGUGGUACAGGCUCGACUUACCUGGACCCUCAACCCUCAGCUGGAUAACGAUGCCCUAUUCAGCUGUGAAGUUAAGCACCCAGCAUUAUCCAUGCCCAUGCAGACAGAGGUCACUCUGGCUGCUCCUAAGGGUCCUAAACUCUUCAUGACCCCCACUAGGGCAAAGGUUGGGGAUACAGUGCGCAUCUCUGUACAAGGAUUCCAGAAUGAAGUAUUUCCUGAGCCACUCUUCACCUGGACACGGGUGGGAGGCCGCCUACUGGAUGGCAGUGCCGAGCGUGAGGGGAGAGAGCUGAUUCUGGAGAGAGUGCCGGCAGAGCUCAACGGCUCUAUGUAUCGCUGCACUGCCCAGAAUCCUUUGGGUUCUACAGACACACACACUCGUCUCAUAGUUUUUGAAAAUCCAAGCAUGAUGAAAAACACGCAGAAUCCGAACAAUGAAGCCACUCGCACAGAAAAGUGUGGACUGACGUGGCUUGCACUUGUUCUCACAGUUACAGUGGGACUGACGUGAAACGGCUUCCUCAAGACGUUCUCCCUCACAGAUAUAGACACACAUUUUGGCCAUACAAAACACAACAUCUGAAUAUGCACACAGAAAACACAUACAUACAGUUCAAAGACCUUCCACAAUCCUGCAAGCCUACUCCAGUCAUCAACAGACCCUCUGGUCAUCUGUCAAACAAGAAACAGUGCCACCACGUGAUGGUACUUUGUUUUAUAACAAAAUUAUAUUCAAGAUAAUAUAAAAAGAACAACGUGAUGAACUUCACAGUUACCACCUCCUAUAUAUUCCCUCCUAUUACUUUUUUUGUUCCUUGUCCCAAGUCUGCCUGUUGAUAAAAAAAAAAAUCAGAUGAUUUAAAACAGAAGAAAAAAAGCAUUUGGAUUUUAUUUUCAUGAGUCACAAUAUUAUUGGUGUUUUGUGAAAUGUGGACAAAUGGAACUGGCUUUGACUGCACCAUCCUAUCAACCACUCCCAUCUGUUACAUGUCCUGGAAUGGACAAGAUUAGCAACAAGCUGAAAUAUGAUGGGAGAACAGACCUCCAGAUGCUCCGAUUGAACUUUCAUUUAUAUAUAUAUAUAUAUAUAUAUAUAUAUAUAUAUAUAUAUAUACUUUUUCUUUCUGAUGGCUUGGAAUGUACAUGAAGAUUUAAAUGCAUUGAGAAAACUGGAGAAAUCUCUUUUUUGAGUGUAUUUUGUGUACUACAGUGUAAAUACUGAAAAAUAAUUAAAGAAGUUAUAUGGGUCACGGUGAGGAAUGGGUGCUGAGAUUGUUGGAGUUUAUGCUUCUCCACCUUUGUUUGUACUUCAUUCAACUUUCAGAUAUAAUUCUUGAUUGAGAGGAAGGAAUGAACAUUAUUUCUGUUUGUCACUUAGGCUUUUUAUAAGAAUUUGGCUGUUCUUCAAAGGACAGAGAAAAAAAACAAACAAAAAAAAAAAACAUUUGUCUGCUGUUUUGGGGUUGUGGUGCAUGUGACUUUUGAAGAUUCUUUCUCCUUUUCAUGUGUUGCAAGCGACAGCACCGCAGCUCUUUGUCACUAGCCUGUAACCCAGCUAUUUACUUGUGACCUACAUUGUGUAAAAUGCGUAACUCUUCCCCAGACAUUACCAGUACAAGUAGGAUCAUUUUAGCCGCCAUUCCAGGGAGGAGCUCACAAGAGGCAGCUUGUGUAAACAGGGUUGUUGCAUUUGUUUCAUUUCACCUGUAUUAAAAUGGAGAGAUGAUAAAACUCACAA